AUUACUUGCAUGAAGAAAAUGAGCAUAUGCAAAAUUCUAUGAAUCAAAUUAUCCCCCUAACUAAACAACUAAAUGAUUUAAAUAAUAAGCUUGGCUACCAAAUUACUUGUGAACGAAAGUCUCGUGCUAAUCUUAAUGCCAAGCAGUUAAAAGAAAUAGAAUUGCUAAAGUCUGAGAUUAAUUUGAAGGAUUUUGAAAUUACCUCUUUUGAGGCUAGAAUAAAUGAAUUGGAGGCUGAGUUAGAACAAACAGCACAAAAAGCUUUAUUAAAGGAUACCGAUACUAUCCCGUCACUUCAUAAGAUUAAGGUGAAGGAAUUGAAAAAUGAACUAGAGCAAGUUACGCAAAAUUUAUCAUUUAGAGAUAGAUUAAUUUUCUGUCUCUGA